GUCAAGCAAAGUAUAUUGUUAUUCGUCGCCUGUAACGCACUAAAGAUUGCUGCUUUUUUAUUUAGUUAGUAAUUUGUACAAAAAGUUUUAUUGAACAUCAACUGUCAUUCAAAAUGAGUAGUAGUCUACUUUUAUAUUUUCUUCUGGAUGAUAAGAAAGUUGUAGAUCAAUGCAUUUGGAAGGAUUAUUACGAUGAAAAUUCAAGGUCUGUCCUUCAUCAGGGAUUAGCCUUUACAGGUUUAGUUUCAUUGAUACUGAAUUGUUGGGUGAAUAUAGCUCUCGUUUCGUCAAGGUUAUGGUAUGACUUGAGUUAUCGCAAUCUAACAAUCUUUACGGUGGUAGCAGGAGUGAGGAACGUAGUUGCAACUUUAGCCUAUCUGCCUAUGUUCAAGUAUCUAGAUAACUGGUUCGAAUUACAAAUAUUUUCUUGUAUAAUGUUCGCGCUCUAUGAGACUUUCUUUGCUAUACUAGAAGUUGAAAGUCUUAAUCAUGUUUGUAUUGAGAGAUUUGUUCUUGCUCGGUAUACUGCUAAUGAUUGGCUGAUACAGAAGAAACACUACUUACUGUAUUUGUUUAGUUCAUUGUUUUUUACUACUCUGUACACAUAUGCCCCUGUUUUUGGUUACGGGGGUUAUUGGUAUGAUUUUACAUGCAGUUCUUGCACUUUCGACAUGAUAUUGCCCGAGGGCUAUGAGAAAUACGUCAUCUUGAUUAUAUUCUUUCUUCGAAGUAUCAAGCCUGCAAUAAUGAUGGUUAUGAUGUUAUUUUGGGCCCAUUUACUGGAAAAGAGACAUUCUAACAAAACCAGUGAAGGACAAAUCCAGUUUACAAAGAAUGUCAUAGUCAUAACUACAGUGAACCUGCUCUGUUGGAUGCCGAUCGCUUUUAUCCGAGGCCGGAUAUUGCUCCAGCAGCUAUUAGUUAAGAACAUACUGCCUAUUAGUUCGUCACUGUAUCUGACAUUUAUAAAUUGUGCUAUGUGGCUAAAUUGGCUGUCGCCAGCAUUAACUGUUAUUGCCCUAUUCAUAGUAGACACUCGACUGCGAAAUGUUAUGUGUAAUUUGCAUAUGUGUGAUGAACAAAAAAAGAAUACUGAAGAAACUGAUCACACGAAGUAUCAAUAAAUUUUACUUUUACCACAGAAUAAUAAUUACUUAUUUAUCUUUUACUUAAAUAUCAGUAAAUAUUUUAUUAGAUUAGAUUUUAAAACAGUUCUGUAUAGAUUAUCUUUUACUUGAUAUCUAUCUAUUUAUCUACGGUUUAAUUAUAUGUAAGGAGUACAGUAGCUUAUUUAUGUUAACCUUUCAAAGAAAUGUAAUUUAAAAUUAAUAAAUUUGUUUGUAUAUUCUUUUGAAAUAUA